CCGCCUUCCCUGUUACUAAGAGCUAAAAGCUAGGUAGCUGGCUAGGCGGAAUUUGAGAGAACACGUUGCUGUGUACAAUACCGUAGUAUUUGUAAAGGGAUCCACUUUCGACUUUAUCAGUAGGUAACGAUUCUUUUCCACGACAAUCUUUAAUAGUUUGACUUUGACACAUUCCUCGUUUACAUUUACGAGCCCUGGAGGUCUACCUUUUUUAUUCUGUGGCAAUUUUCAGGUAGUGGAUGUGCUAAGUAAAAAGACAUGUGGCAUCUUUGAAGCGUCGCAUGAACGUCUUUUCACUUCACAUUCAUAACACCCACCCCUCCAUCAAUUCCAAUCCUCGGUUGAGCCAGCUCCGUUUGAUUGCGUGCUCGUCGAAGGUACUCACUAACACGCCUCCCCCUGACAUCCCACUAUAUUUUGUUUGGUUCUAUCAGAAAAAUAAGCUACGGCCAUAAGAUCCCCCACCUACGUCGACUGUCAUGGAGAGCGCAUUCGCGAAACCUAUCCAUGAGGUCCUGGCCAGUUUCAAAGUAGACGCAAAAUCUGGUCUGUCAGAUGAGCAGGUCGUCGAGCUACGGAAUAAAUAUGGCAAGAAUUCUAUUCCAGAAGAGCCGCCCACGCCUCUAUGGGAGCUCAUUCUCGAACAAUUCAAAGACCAGCUAGUUAUAAUACUAUUAGGAUCAGCAGUUGUAUCUUUCGUUUUGGCUCUUUUUGAAGACGAAACUGGUUGGAGCGCAUUCGUAGAUCCUUUAGUCAUUCUAACCAUUCUCGUACUCAAUGCUGUUGUCGGCGUGUCCCAAGAAAGCAGUGCCGAGAAGGCAAUUGCCGCGCUCCAGGAAUACUCUGCGAAUGUUGCCAGCGUGAUCAGGAACAAUGGACAUGUCUCGCGCGUCAAAGCUGAAGAGCUGGUUCCCGGCGAUAUCAUUUCAGUGUCGGUUGGUGAUAGGGUCCCCGCCGACUGCCGCGUUAUUGCGAUCGAGAGCAACAGCUUUGCUAUGGACCAGGCUAUCUUGACCGGCGAAAGCGAGAGCGUGGGAAAAGAUCAUACUGCUGUCGUCAAAGACGAUAAGGCGGUGCUGCAGGAUCAGGUCAACAUGCUUUUCUCGGGAACAACUGUUGUAACAGGUCGUGCUAAGGCGGUCGUUGUUUUGACUGGGUCUAACACUGCGAUUGGCGACAUUCAUGAGAGUAUCACCGCUCAGAUUUCCGAGCCGACCCCCCUGAAGCAAAAGCUCAAUGAUUUUGGCGACUCGCUGGCAAAGGUUAUUACGGUUAUUUGUGUCCUCGUAUGGCUCAUUAACAUCCCGAACUUUGCGGACCCGAGCCAUGGAAACUGGACUAAAGGCGCUAUCUACUACUUGAAGAUUGCUGUCUCUCUUGGCGUUGCGGCAAUCCCCGAGGGUCUCGCCGUUGUGAUUACAACAUGUCUAGCUUUGGGAACGCGCAAAAUGGCUGCGAAGAAUGCUGUUGUCCGAAGUCUGCCGUCCGUGGAGACUUUAGGUAGCUGCAGUGUUAUCUGCUCGGACAAGACCGGUACUCUCACUACGAACCAGAUGAGCGUGAGCAAGGUUGUCUACAUAAACAAGAACGGCUCCGACCUGGAGGAACUGGAUGUUGAAGGUACAACGUUCGCGCCGAAGGGAAAUAUCACGCACAACGGCAAGGUUGUGAAGGACCUCUUUCAAAGCUCAAGCACAAUCCGACAGAUGAACGAGGUAGCAGCUCUAUGUAACGAUGCUCGGCUCGUGUACGAUGCCCGAUCUGGUACUUUCUCCAAUGUGGGAGAGCCUACCGAAGGAGCUCUGAGAGUCCUUGCUGAGAAGAUUGGACCUUGUGCGCCGGCGAACUCGAACCCUGAUGACUGCAUUCACCAUGCUAGCACCUGGUAUGAGUCUAACUUUCCUCGGUUGGCUACGUAUGAGUUUUCUCGUGACCGGAAAAGUAUGUCUGUCCUUAUUCAAGCCGGCGAGCAGAAGAAGCUUCUUGUUAAGGGUGCUCCUGAAUCGAUUAUCGAGCGCUGUACACACACUCUGGUUGGCGCUGAUGGCAAACGAGUUCGUAUCGAUGACAAGCUCUACUCUCUACUCAUGAAGGAAGUGGUCGAAUACGGUAACCGUGGAUUGCGAGUUAUUGCCCUCGCUAGCGUUGACGAUGUUGGAUCCAACCCCUUACUCCAGAAUGCCAAGUCGACAGCCCAGUAUGCUCAACUUGAACAGAACCUUACCUUACUAGGUCUCGUCGGCAUGUUAGACCCCCCUCGACCAGAAGUCGCCAGUGCCAUCAAGAAAUGCAAGGCUGCAGGAAUCAGAGUUAUCGUGAUCACCGGUGAUAAUCGCAACACAGCAGAGAGCAUCUGCCGCUCAAUCGGUGUCUUUGGAGAAUAUGAGGACCUUAAGGGCAAGAGUUAUACUGGCCGAGAAUUCGAUAAUCUGAGCCCCAGCGAACAGCUGGACGCAGCGAAGAACGCCUCUCUUUUCUCUCGCGUUGAGCCUAGCCACAAGUCGAAACUCGUCGAUCUCCUCCAGUCUCUCGGCGAGGUUGUAGCUAUGACAGGUGAUGGCGUUAACGAUGCUCCGGCUCUCAAGAAGGCGGAUAUUGGUGUCGCAAUGGGCUCCGGUACCGACGUUUCUAAAUUGGCUGCUGAUAUGGUGCUCGCUGAUGACAAUUUCGCGACCAUCGAAGUUGCUAUUGAGGAAGGCCGGUCCAUCUACAACAAUACACAACAGUUCAUCCGGUAUCUUAUCUCCUCCAACAUCGGAGAGGUCGUCUCGAUUUUUCUCACUGCCGCCCUUGGCAUGCCAGAGGCUCUCAUUCCUGUCCAACUCCUAUGGGUCAAUCUUGUUACCGAUGGUUUACCUGCCACAGCGUUGUCUUUCAACCCUCCUGACCACGAUAUUAUGAAGAGACAGCCACGGAAGCGUGAUGAGGCACUGAUUGGUGGCUGGCUAUUCUUCCGCUACCUGGUAAUUGGUACUUACGUCGGUAUUGCCACUGUUGCUGGAUACGCUUGGUGGUUCAUGUAUAACCCCGAGGGACCUCAGAUCACCUUUUACCAACUUUCGCACUUCCACCGAUGCUCUUCGGAGUUUUCGAGUAUUGGGUGUGAAAUGUUCAGCAACGAUAUGUCUAAAGCGGCAUCGACGAUAUCACUCUCCAUCCUUGUCGUCAUCGAAAUGCUAAACGCCAUGAACGCUCUAUCAUCCAGCGAGUCUCUAUUAACCUUGCCACUUUGGGAAAACAUGAUGCUUGUCUACGCUGUUGGGCUAUCGAUGGCACUCCACUUUGCACUUCUCUACACUCCUUUCCUUCAGGGCUUGUUCUCGAUCUUGCCUCUGAACUGGAUGGAGUGGAAAGCGGUGCUCAUCAUCAGCGCCCCAGUCAUUCUUAUAGAUGAAGUCCUCAAGGCUAUUGAGAGGCAACUCUUACUCCAGAAGACGACAAGCGAAGAGACAGAGUCCAAGAAGGAAGCAUAAUUGGCCAUAGACCUUGUUUCUAGACGCUAGACUAGACUAGAUGUACUAUAUAUAGGUGUAUACGCCUCUUCGGCUGUGCACAAUUACGAGAAACACCAUGAAUUCAUGAAAAA